UGUACCACCGGAAACUUUGAAAUCAGCCUCACAUCUCUGAUCUAUCUUGGAUUUGGAUUGCUGGUGACUUAUCUCAUUGGGUGGGCGGUGAAGAGACAAGCUGACUGUUGGGAGCCAACAAGCCAGAAGCGGGCAAGCGUAGUGGAUGGCCGCCGGCCCUCACUUGGCACCUCAAGCCAUUGGCGGCCCGGGGCCGGGUAGCUACCUCCUGGUCAAGUACGACUUGCCAGACACCACAUGGCACAGCCGACUUUUGUUAGCGCAUCUCAAUGCAGGAGAAUGGAUUGUGUUGACUCCAGACGGAGACAUAUACUCCGAGGAGUACUCCCCAAGCAAUGGAGACAUAGCGUCUUGGCGACCCUACGACCCUCAAGUCGGCGCUCCCUUUGGGGUUGCUGUCGGGGACAUUUACGACUUCCAUCCACGGCCCGAUCAAGCCACUGUGGCCCGACUGCUCACAGAAGGUCAAGCCCAUGCCCAUCUGGAAAGGAUGCGUCUUGGACUUCCCGCUCCUGGCGGUCAACCCGGUCAUCAGAUGGCUCCUGCUGCACCUGCGGCAGGUGGCUGUGGAGGUGCAGGUCCUCAGGUGGCAGCUCUUGCAGGUGGGGGUGCGGACGUGAAUGCGGCUCCAAAUCCAGCAGGGCCCGCUGCAGCACUAGCAGCUUUGGCUGGUGUAAGCAAUGCUGCUGGGGUUGCGGCUCAAGCCCGCGAUGCACCGAUGGAUCAAGGGGACGAUGCCCGAACUUUAUCCAUCAGCCGAGAUGGAGAAGGAGCCAGAUUCAAAGAGUUCCGAAGCGCUGUGCAAGAGUGCAAGAGCGUGGAUUUUCAAGAUUGGCCUGUGAGUGGGCCACGCACAGUGAAGCAUGUCAUCACUCAGAUGAUCAACAAUGGCGGAUCGGCUCUAGGGCAUCACCAGCAGUGGCGAGUAGCCUGCAAAAUGCAACCCACAGAUGGACCAGCCCAGGAGCACGAGAGUUGGAGCCGUGUUCUAGAUGCAAUGUUGUGCUACGAUCAGUUGGACGUGACCAACCUUGCAGCAGCAGAACUUGUUGUGAGGUCGAUUCAACGAUUGGAGGAAAAGCACAAGCACAAGAUGGUCUCCACGGACGAUGCUGGGGAAAGUGCUUUGUUUAUGGGAGCAGCUGCAGGUGCUCGGGCCGGCCUGGUGAUAUCUCCGAAAUUGACAGAAUGGAUUGGUGCCGAGAUGCAGAAGGAAGCAUUGGUGGCCAAGGAGCGACGGAAGGCCCGAGAAGAAAGAGCCCUCAGUCGCAAGAACGACAAGAAGGAGGAGUCAGGAAAGUGA